AACAACAUCACAAAUCCUUAAAAGAAUACGAUCUUCCUCCACUUAUUUCACCCAAUAAUAACUGGAAUGAAUUACCUAAAUUAAUACUAAAUGAAUUAAAUAUCCCUAUAAAUACUGAUGAUUUAAAAAAAAUUGAAUUAUUAAAUGAAGACCAGAAAACAAUAUUUAAUACCGUUAUAGAUCGAAUUGAAAAGAAUCAACCAGCAGCAAUCUUUGUCGACGGCCCUGCAGAAACCUUUCGUCUUAGUCAAAAUAUGCGAAUCGAAGACAAUCCUGAAGCUAACAAUUUUAAAAACUUCCUACUAAGAAUCGGUAAUGGAACUGAACCAACAAUAAAUGAUGAUAUGAUUCGACUUCCAGACCAUAUGACAAUUGAAUGGUUCAAUGACAACUCUUUACAAACUCUUAUUAAAGAAAUAUAUCCAUUUAUACCUUCCCAUCUUUCAAAUACUUCUUACUUCACCAACAGAGCCAUACUAACCACGAAAAAUGAAUAUGUCGAUUAUAUUAACAACAAUUCCUCAACUCUAUAUCUAUAG